GUCAUUUAAUUAGUAUGGAGAAUUACAUUUUACAGCUUCGAAGAAGUUGGUCACAUCAAGAUGGUAAUUCUUUAGCUAAUUUACUAUCUCUAAGACAGAAUAUUCAACUUCAUGCAACUUCAGAAACUUAUAUGACUCAUGUAAUCGAAGUUUUACCUUCACCAUUUGAUGAUCUUGUUUUAUAUCACUUAAAAACAUUAUUUUCAUUGAAUGAAGAUGAUGCUUUAAUAGCAUAUAUGAGUCAUAGUUCCGCUGUUCAAGUGUUAAUAAAAAUAUUACAAAUUCAAAAAGAAGAAAAUUGGAUGCUUCCAGUUAUGAAUAUGAUGUGUCUAGAAUUAAGAUUGCUGGCAGUAAAAACAGAAACAUCUAAAAAAAUAAGAAAUGGAAAACCAGGUGAAAAUUUAGAAAAAUGUGCCGAAUGUUUGAUGAGUUGUUUUAGAAUCUGCGCCGCUGACAAUAGAAGCUCUGAAGAUGAUACAAAAAGAUGGGGAAUGUUAUCGCUUGUCAAUCAACUUUUAAAAGUUUAUUUUAGAAUAAAUAAGUUACAUCUCUGUAAGCCUCUUAUACGAGCAAUAGAGUCUUCAAUAUAUAAAGAUCAUUUUUCGCUUGCUCAACAAAUAACUUAUAGGUUUUUUGUUGGGCGAAAGGCUAUGUUUGACAGUAAUUAUAAAGCUGCUGACGAAUAUCUGACAUAUGCUUUUCAACAUUGCCAUAAAAAGUCUAAAAAAAAUAAAAGAUUGAUUUUGAUGUAUCUAAUUCCUGUAAAAAUGUUACUUGGUUAUAUACCAAAACAUAAUUUGUUAAAAAAAUAUAAUUUAAUUGAAUUUUGCGAUUUGAUUGAAGCCGUGAAGAAAGGCAAUUUGCAAAAUUUAGAUAUUGUAAUGUGUAAACAAGAAUCAUUUUUAAUUAAUGCUGGAAUAUAUUUAAUUGUAGAAAAGUUAAAAUUAAUAGCUUACAGAAAUUUAUUUAAAAAAGUUUAUUUAAUUUUAAAUACUCAUCAAAUAGACAUUCAAAGCCUUUUAUGCGCAUUGAAGAUAUAUGGAAGAAGUGAAAUAAAUAUGGACGAAACUGAGUGCUUAGUAGCAAAUUUAAUUUUUGAUGGAAAAAUUAAAGGAUAUAUUUCGCACCAACAUAAGAAAGUAGUCAUUUCUAAACAAAACCCAUUUCCUAAAUUGUCAUCAUUAUUAUGAUUUUUAAAAAGAAAAUUAAUAGUUAU